GAAUGGGACGUCUGGCCUGAUGGCCCCAUCACACGAAUUUACUCACGCGAAGAUGCCAAACGACCUGAGGUCAAUGACUUCCAUGUCCACUGGGCUUGCGAGGGUCUAGGUGCACCUCGAAAGCAACAUAGAGGCUCGCUUGAUGCCUUAGAAUGGCAGGAAGGUGUGCGUACUCGUCGACGCUGCAAUGGCGUCAUUGUAUGCGCCAACCAUGAAUCCAAGGGUGGAUCGUGUGCCAUUGUCGUCCGUCCUACUACGACCAAGAAACUCAUUGCCAAACAGCUUGAGGCAUCAUGCUCUUGUGGUGCCAUGCUCGUCCAUACUGAUUGUGGUAUUAUUUAUGAUCUUUUCAAAUUUUCAGAGGGUGUGUGCUUCCACCCCCGCAUGGGUGCGACGAAGCUUGUGAUGGGCCGCCCGGGCAUCAAUGGACCGCAGGAGUCAGUUGCAACCAUAUCUCCGGUGCUUCUGAACACGGCCAGGGUGAAUCACGAGAGGAAAAAGGUAUUCACUAAGAGCCGAGGGAAGGAUAUUAUUGCAGGUUUCACAGAGUUUCAACGCCAGCAUCCGGAUUUCGUGAUUUACCACACCUUCGAGCCAGUCGCAGUUGUCAUCACACAGUCGCCCAUCAUGUUGUCGUUUCUUGUCAAGAAUCACAGUAAUGGUAUCAUAUCUGAUGCUGCCCAUGGAUUUUGGGCUGAGCGCAACGAUCUCUUGAUUAUCAGCUCCGUCUUCAGUGAUACUCUCCAAUGCUGGGUGCCAGGUGUGAUGACGUGGUCAAAUGGUGGUACUGAAGCACACUACCGCCAUCAUUUCCGAGCACUAUUUGAAACAAUGACUCAAGAGUACGAACGGCAAAAUGUAAUCCUCACUGAUGAGGAUGUGCAAGUGAUAGCAUGA